GAGGCUGUUGGGACUCCCAGGAGUGUCUUUCUGGUUUGGGGAGCUGGGGCGGAGGCUUGAGCUCCAGCCCCAACGUGGCACCAACGAGCAAGUCCAGGCUGGCAGGGAGAGAGAGAGAGAAAGAGAGAGAGAGAGAGAAAGAAGGAAGGAAAGAAAGAAAGAAGAGAGAAGCCGCCUCUGUUUGCGCCUCGGGAGGGGUGGGGAAAGAGAGAAGGAAAGAGAGGGGGAGAGAAAGAGAAGUUGGAGCCACUCAGAGAAGCGGGACCCCCUCCUCCUCUUCCUCCUCCUCCUCCUCCUCCUCCUUUCCCUCCUUUCCCCUCCAGCCAACUCCACCGGGUAUAAAACCCUACUGAAGCCCAAGUCUGGCUCGUGUGGAGCCAAGAACUCUCCUUUCCUUCCCAAUCGAGGCUUCCCAAACUGAGCCUGGCUUUCCGGAGACAGAGCCCGAAAACUGGAGGAGGAAACGUGGAAGGAGAGCCAGGAAAGGCAGGAGAGCCUUUGAGCACAUUAGAGAACCCUCGGUGCUUCUUUUUGCGAAUAGACUUCACUUCACCGCCGGGGAUUGCUUCGCUUUCUCUUCCUCCUCCCAAUCGGAUUGGGUUCUUUUUCCACCCUUCUCGGAGGGGAAAGUCUUUGGAGAGUGGGGUCUUGUGCAGAAGGGGGCGUAAAAGGACGCCCCAACUUUCCCCCACCAACUUGGAAGGCACCACUGUUUGGGUUUGGUGAAAGGACUCUUCUGCUUCUGCCUUCUGCUUCUUCUCUUCCUUUCUGCGCGGGGAUGAUGGGCCCUGGGCUGCCCCGUCCCCGCGGGAGGACGAUGGCGUGGGCACUGCUCCUCUUGGUGGCCCGGGUGGUGGCCCUGGUGGCCAAGGCGGCGCUGGCCUGGCUCCUGCCGCCCAAGAGGAAGGACCUGCGGGCCGAGCACGUCCUCAUCACCGGAGGAGGCAGGGGCAUCGGGAGAGCCCUCGCCCGGGAGUUCGCCAAGAGAGGAGCCAGGAAGAUCAUCCUCUGGGGCCGAACAGAGAAGUGCUUGAAGGAAGCCGCCGAAGAGAUCCAAGCCAUGGGCACCGAGUGCCAUUACUUCGUCUGUGACGUGGGGAACCGGGAAGAGGUCUACCAGCAGGCCAAAGCGGUCCGUGAGAAGGUGGGAGACAUCACCAUCCUUGUGAACAACGCAGCCGUCGUUCACGGCAAGAGCCUCAUGGACAGCGACGACGACGCUUUGCUGAAGUCACAGCACAUCAACACGUUGGGACAGUUCUGGACGACAAAGGCCUUCCUGCCGCGGAUGCUGGAGCUCCAGAACGGGCACAUCGUUUGCCUCAACUCCGUCCUGGCUUUGUCCGCCAUCCCCGGAGCCAUCGACUAUUGCACUUCCAAAGCCUCCUCCUUCGCCUUCAUGGAGAGCUUGACGCUGGGGCUGCUGGACUGCCCUGGAGUGAAUGCCACCACCGUCCUGCCCUUCCACACCAGCACGGAGAUGUUCCAAGGGAUGCAGAUCAGGUUCCCCAACCUCUUCCCCCCUUUAAAGCCAGAGACGGUGGCCCAAAGGACGGUGGAAGCAGUUCGACAGAACCAAGCGUUCCUUCUCCUUCCGUGGACGAUGCACAUUCUCAUCAUCUUGAAAAGCAUCCUUCCGCAGGCCGCCCUCGAGGAAAUCCACAAGUUCUCUGGGAGCUACACCUGCAUGAACACUUUCAAAGGGCGCUCUUAGACGCCACGAAUGGACAGAACGGCAUCUUGGGAAGAGCGUCGGCAGGCCAGCCAUCUUGCCACACCGCAAUGGGAGUCAUGGCAAUGCGGACAAAACGGCUUGCUCGCAGUGAGGCCUUCAAACCGUGGGGCACUUUGGGGUCUAAUCCUUUAGGAACGGAACACUUCCGUUUGCAACGUGUUUCCCGACGUAUGGCAAAUGGGGCCUGUCACGGAUCUAGACCAGAAAUGGGUCUUUCGGGAGUUUGGGAAUGUCUGCUUCUCUUUCUUCUUAAAAGCUUAUAUGGGAAGAUCUGCAAAAUUCAUAUCUGCUUCCCCGUUGUACGUGACUACAUAUCCCAUAUUCGCACAUCUUUGCAGCUCCUACACAAUGGAAAAUGACUCUUUUGUGCGUGGACGCAGUGGGUUUGUGGGUACAGGAGACAUACAGUUGGCCUCCCCGUUAUCCGGGAUCGGACAUAGGAUGUGCAUCGGAUUCCACUGAAAUGGGGGCUGUGCUUGAUUUCAAGGGGUCUCCUCUAAGUCUGGAUCCAGUCCUUAGGUCUGUGGAGCUCUUACGUCGGAGACAAUUGGGUCGCAAUGCAAAAUGGGUCUUUGUAAUGCUGUUCAAUGGAUUCUGGGUUCCUUCGACCUCAAGCAUAAAGUACUCCAAAACCUAUCAUCUCGACUGCCGAGGGCUUAAUAUGCACAUUCUUUUGGGUGUCAAGAGACCUUCUCUUUUCUAUGGAAUGGCAAGUUAUGCUCGAUUUGUCUCUGACGGGCAGUUGGUGGAUGGUUGCAUUUGUGGGAAUUGUCAGGAAUGAGGCCUUCAUGUCAAACGCAGAUGAAUAAAUCCUUCCAGGAAGACGUCCUGGAGGAGUCUAAA